GCACAACGUGUGUUUCUCCUUCACCCCAGUCUCGUUGGGAGAGAAGAGGUCCCCGAGUCCGGCUGGGAGCCAUGGCCGCCGUGGUGGCCAAGCGGGAGGGGCCGCAGUUCAUCAGCGAAGCGGCGGUGAGGGGGAACGCCGCCAUCCUGGACUAUUGCCGGACGUCUGUGUCGGCCCUGUCGGGAGCCACGGCGGGGGGCCUGACCGGCCUGCACGGCUUCAUCUUCUACUUCCUGGCUUCCGUUCUCCUCUCCGUGCUCUUGGUGUUAAAAGCCGGACGGCGAUGGAAUAAGUACUUUAAAUCCCGAAGGCCGCUUUUCACUGGGGGGCUAGGGCUCUUCACAUAUGUCCUGUUCUGGACUUUCCUGUACGGCAUGGUUCACGUCUACUGAACCAACGAGGAGCCACGGUAGCUGCAGUGGUUUUUAAUGAAGCAGGAGGACUGUUGCCAAAAGUCAUCUACACACCUAGGCCAGCUUACCUUUUAAACUGAUGUUCAUCGCUUGUAUUGUUAAUCCCGUCGGUAAAUUAUGUCCCAGUACGGAUGACUCGGUAGUGCUGUUCUAAUUAAACUGAAUGUGACAC